UCUCGCGAGACGGCGCGCGAGGAGGCGGGCCCGCGUCACGAUGGCGGCGGCCGCCCGCUGAGGCCUCGGACCCGCGCCCGCCGCCGCACUCGCCCCCGCGGACCCGAGAGCCGGCAGCCUCCAGAGAUGACUUGCACAAUCGAGAAGGCCCUGGCUGAUGCCAAAGCCCUGGUGGAACGGCUGCGGGACCAUGACAACGCGGCCGAGUCGCUGAUCGAGCAGACCACGGCGCUCAGCAAGCAAGUGGAGGCCAUGAAGCGGUAUCAGGAAGAAAUUCAAGAACUGAAUGAAGUCGCAAGACAUCGACCACGGUCCACGUUGGUUAUGGGAAUCCAGCAGGAAAACAGACAAAUCAGAGAGCUGCAGCAGGAGAACAAAGAGCUACGCACGUCCCUGGAAGAGCACCAGUCCGCCCUGGAGCUCAUCAUGAGCAAGUACCGCGAGCAGAUGUUCAGGCUGCUCAUGGCGAGCAGGAAGGACGGCCCCGGCAUAGUGAUGAAGCUGAAGGAGCAGCACGCCAAGAUUGCCAAGGCACACCGGCACAGCUCCGGAGGGACCUUCCUCGGUGCGGCCCGACACGUCCUGGAAGCGCCUCAGCACGGACUGGAGAGGAGGCACAUGGAAGCGAAUCAGAAUGAGUUACAGGCGCACGUGGACCAGAUCACGGAAAUGGCGGCCGUGAUGAAGAAGGCCAUCGAGCUCGAUGAGCAGCAAGGCAGCAAGGAGCAGGAGCGCAUAUUCCAGCUGGAACAAGAGAACAAAGGCUUGAGAGAGAUCCUGCAGAUCACGCGCGAGUCCUUUCUGAGCCUGCGGAGGGAUGAGGGGCCGGACGGCGUGUCGGCGCUGUCCCCGCUGGUGACCGGCAGUGACCUGCGUCUGCGCGAGAGCUAGGGCACCGUGAGCCCCUCGCGGCGCCGCUGUGGGCAGGGCACUGGCAUGGGUGGUCUGCGGAGUCUUUCAACGCCAAGGUGCCUCGGCACAUGCCAAACCACCGAAGUGUAGAGACUGCACCUGUGCUCCCUGGAGGUCAGCUGAGUGCGGCCGGGGGGUCCGGGAUGCGUGAAUAAAUGUGCAUAGCCCCUGCGAGUGGGCGAAAGCCCGUAAAGUGACCCCUCCCUAAAAUAAAACGUGGCCACGGUUUUAUGAAUGGAAGAUCUUCGUGCUGACGUCAUCCUUACGGUGUCAGGCGGCCUGGAGCUUGUGUGCCACGUGACUGCCUGUAGCGAUUGCCUGUGUACCUGUCCAUUCCAGUUUCCGUCCAAAGAAAAUUCCAUUUUAGAGACUUCAGAAAGGCGUAUGUACCUUAAGAGGUAACUUAAUUUUGACUAGUCGAUUAUAAUACUCGGUUAGCAAUUGUCCACAGCUGAUUUGAGUAUGUGAGAUAUUUCAGGAAUGAAAGAGAAGGAAUGCUUUCUAAGAAAGAUCUUCCAUGCAGUAGGUUCAACUACUCCUUUGAAAGAAUAGGCUCUGGUUCUCUGCUUGAUGUUUAAGGAUAUUUUGUAGCGGGGCUAGCUAACAGAAUUGUAAUGUUUUAUCUAGAAAGUUACGGUAAUUUCAAAAUCCUUCAGCUCAUAGAACCUCUCUACCCCCUCCCACCCCACUUUUUUAUAGUAGUGGCUCAAGCGAUAUGGGGAAAAUAAGUCAAGUUUUUAGCAACUGGGGGGAGGGCCACACCUGACAGUGCUCAGGGAUGGCUCCUGGUGGGGCCCCGGGAGGACUGAACCCCGGCUGGCCUGAGGCAAGGCAGCACCCCACCCGCUGGUCCAUUGCUCCGCCCCCUGGACCUGCUCCUAAGCUCCCUCCGGUCCUCACAACCCAUCAGAGGGAGAAAACUUAAGGAUUUUUGCGUAUGUUUAAUGAGAUCUAUAUCCAGGGCUGGAGAUGUAGCUCUGGCCUUGCACAGACGGAGGCUGGUGGGUUUCUGGCACCUCACGUGGUUUCCGGGCCACCAGGAAUGAUCCCUGAGCACCACUGGGUGGAGUCAGACAUGGAGUGUGCAAAAUCUUGCAGUUCCCCCGGAAAUAGAAUUGUGCUUUAACAGUAGAGAAACCUAACAUUUGCCUCUAAUUUGUGGUGAUUAUAGAGGGAUAUUUGUAAAAAUUAUCACAAUAGAGAAAUUUUGCUUUUGUGUAUGUAAUUUGUUAAAUAUUUCACAAGGUAAUUUCUAUGUAUAAUUUCGUAUCUUGGUAUACUUCAAGACUCCUUUUCACUUCAGAAUUUUUCUACCAGUUAGGGGAGAGUGGGGGGAUGGGGCUAAUAGCCCAGACAUGAAGCUGAGUUUUUUUUCUCAUUCAGAGGCCUUAAUUGGUAUUUUAUAAUGACAGUUCUUGUUUCUAAACUUUUCUAUUAUUUUUUUGGGCAAGUAUCCCCUAAUUUGACAGGACAUUCAUCUAUAUGGUUUUUAAACCCAAGUCAGCAUAAAAAUAAGCUACAUAGUUGAGAUUUAAGUCCAAGGCAAUUCAUUAAGGCACCUUUAUUAUAAAAUAUAAAACCUUACUUGAUAAUUAUUUUUGUAAAAGAAUAAGUUAAUUUAUUCUUGGUCUUGCUUGGUGUUUGAAGAUGUUUACUUUGUUAUAUGGUGACUCUUUUCCAUCCCAUACUUUUUUUUUUUUUUCAGCAGAAUCUUAAACUUGUGUCUGAGAGUAUGUACUGAGUAGGAGCUUAUUUCUGCAAUAAAGAUGAGGUCACAGUU